GCUUGGUUGCUUGGCGACCAAGUAACCCCUACAAGAUCGUGGUAACAGACAUUACGCAACUCCUGUGAGCCCCAUCCCAGCAGCGUCAAUCAACGACAAGCAACGUCCAACGAGACGACCACUUCUCCCACCUCGACCCGACGACCUCCCGCCCAAAUUGCCCGGCGUCGCAAUCGAUAGCGGAGAACCUCCGUUGAACCCUUUCCGUUCAUUCGACCGCCCGUUCGCUCUCAUUCACGGACCGUAUAUACGAUACGCUGUUGAGGCCGGCCGACACCAUGGCACCGCGCAUCGAGGCUCAAGAGAUCGAGACAUAUUGGAAUAUCUUCUCGGCAAGGACGAAUGGCGGCAAAUAUCUGACCGGCGAGCAGGCGGCGCCGGUGCUGAAAAACAGCGGGCUGCGGGACGACCAACUGGAGCGCGUGUGGGAUUUGGCCGACGUCGACAAUGACGGCAACCUCGACUUCGAAGAGUUCUGCGUCGCCAUGCGCCUCAUCUUCGACCUGCUCAACGGGGAAUACACCGACGUGCCGACCUCGCUACCAGACUGGCUUGUGCCCGAGUCCAAGGCACAUCUCGUGCAGGCGAGCCGGGCCAUCACGGGCAAGGCGGCACAGUUCGAGCGAGUGGAGGACGAUGACGAGUCACAGGGGCUGAAGGACGGGUUUGACUGGUACAUGAGCCCGGCCGACAAGGCCAAGUACGAGCAGAUCUACCAGGAGUGCCGGGAUAUGCGGGGUGAAGUAUCAUUUUCCGCCCUGCAAGACCUCUACGACUCCCUGGAUGUGCCCGAUACCGACAUCCGCUCCGCCUGGAACCUGAUCAACCCGUCAGCCAGCUCCACCAUCAACAAGGACGCCUGCCUCGCCUUCCUCCACAUCCUCAACAACCGCCACGAAGGGUACCGCAUCCCGCGCACCGUCCCGGCCUCGCUCCGCGCGAGCUUCGAGCGCAACCAGAUCGACUACCAGGUCGGCAGCGCGCGCAACGCAGCGCAGUCGCGGUGGGCAACCAAGGCCGACGACGAGACCAGCACGGGACGCAAGGCCAAGUUCGGCGACCAGUACCUCACCCGGCUGGGGCGCAGCGGGUUCAAGACGGCCGGGACCGACUUCAGCAACGCCCAGACGGACGCCGAGUGGGAGGAGGUGCGGCUCAAGAAGCAGCUGGCCGAGCUGGACGAGAAGAUCGCAAAGGUGGAGGCCGCCGCGGAGAGGCGCAAGGGCGGGAAGCGCGACUCCAAGCCGGCGCUGGUCAAGCGGGAGCUGGAGCAGCUGCUGGACUACAAGCGGAAGCAGUUGCGGGAUCUGGAAGAGGGGAAAGCGACCAACAGGCCCGGGGGGAACCUCAAGAGCGUGCACGACGACUUGCAGACGGUGAGGGAGCAGGUGGAAGGGCUGGAGGCGCAUCUGCGGUCGCGGCAGGAAGUGCUGGAGCAGUUGAGGAGGGAGAUCGAGGACGAGAAGGCGGGGAGAUAGUGGGUAGGCGCGCUAUGCGAGACGAGGAUUUGGCUCAGGAGAGAUGUUAUUGCGAAUGGUAUAUUAAGGAAAGGGCAAUAAUCCCGCUCUUGAGAUUCCCUAUUUCUUUCCGGAUACUUCAUCAAGGCUGGCCA